AUGACUGAGAAGGAAGUCUCUGCCGUGCCCGGCAAUGAAAAGGAGGUCGAUAUCCUCCCUGAGAAAGAGGUUGUUUCUCCUAAAAGUGACGGUCAUACAUCUGUCACCAACGAGAAUGCAUCCACUUCUCCAGUCACAAAGGCUCCAACAGCAUCAGUAUCCGGUGCUGACGCUGCCCUGGAGCUCCUGAAGGAGACUGGUGGUGUCUUACAACCAUUCGGCGAAGCCCGGGAAAAGCGACUUGUCAGGCGAAUUGAUAGACACAUCAUGCCCCUCAUCUGCAUCGUGUAUUUCCUGCAGUAUAUUGACAAGACGUCUAUCUCAUACGGCAGUGUGACUGGCCUGCCGGAGGCCACAGGGUUGGUCGGAAACCAGUUCAACUGGGUCGCGUCCAUCUUCUUCUUUGGCCAGCUUGCCUUCGAAUUCCCUACCAUCCGCCUCCUCCAGUUGUUUCCCUUGGCCAAGUAUGUCUCAUUGAAUGUAUCAUUAUGGGGCGUCACCUUGGCUUGUCUCGCAGCCUGCAAGAAUUACGCGGGACUUCUUGCCUGUCGCUUCUUCCUCGGCGCCUUCGAGGCCGCUGUCAUUCCAGCGUGGGUUCUCUUCACCUCCCAGUGGUAUAAUAAAAACGAGCAGGCAUUUCGCGUCGGGGUUUGGUUCUCGGUGUGCGGCACGGCACAAAUGUUUGGAGGAUUCUUUGCGUACGGUGUGGCAACGCAUGUUGGCAGCGACCCGAAUGCGCUUCUGGACGGGUGGCAGGUUAUCUUUCUCUUCCUUGGUCUAUUGACGGUUGUUGUUGGUAUCGCGUUUUACUUUCUGAUUCCGGACUCACCUGCGACGGCCAAGUUCCUCUCGACGGAGGAAAAGGGGGCUCACCUCCAUCGGAUUCGAGGAAAUGAGCAAGGGAUUGGUUCGCCGACUUUCAAGUUAGCGCAGGUGCGUGAGGCGUUUACGGACCCUAUGACUUGGCUGUACUGCUUCUGGGUCUUUGCCGCCAAUAUCCCAAACUCGACUGCUACUAGUUUUGGCAAUAUUCUUGUCAAGGGGAUGGGUUAUACCAGCAGAGAGUCGUUAUUAUUGGUCACACCCCUGGGAGCAUACGAGAUGGUGCUUCUCGUUGGUCUGACUUGGCUGGCAAUGAAGACUCAUCAAAGAUUGUACUGGUGCGUGGCGGGUCAUAUUCCUGCCAUUGUCGGUGCAAUCCUCAUGGCGACUACGGACAAGACCGCUGCUCUCAUUGGAUACUACUUGACUGGAGGAAUCCCUAUCGGAUGGACCACCAUUCUAGGCAUGAAGAGCUCAAAUGUAGCCGGCUCGACCAAGAAGGUGACCGUCGCGUGUUUGGAAACCAUCGCCUAUACCGUUGGGAAUAUAAUAUCUCCUCAGACAUUCCAGCCACGUGACGCUCCUCGAUACCUUCCUGCUAAGAUCUCUAUUUGCAUAAUCUAUUUCUUCUGCACGGUGGAUCUUCUUGUUAUGCGUUGGGUCCUAAGUAGGCGGAACACGCAGAGGAAUCAAGAAAAGGAGGCACAGGGUGACGCCCAUGUAGUGCAGGAAAAUCAUGAGUUCCUAGAUCUCACAGAUCUUGAGAACAAAGAAUUUCGAUAUGAACUCUAG